CUCAAGAUUCUAUGUACUUGAAUUUUGCCAGAUAUCAGAUAUCCACUUCCAAGAUAAAUAACAGCCAACGAGUACAACAUGCAGUAUAUGUAUUCAUUUAUAUAUAUAUAUAUAUAUAUAUAUAUCUGCAGGAAAUUUUGUACAGUACGGUACAGUACAACAGUAUCUUCAGUACUUUAUGUUUCUUUCUUUCUUUCUUUCUUUCCUUUCGAUGUUAGUGUGGAUGGAUUUAGGCAACGAUAGCAACGAUACUCAUACACGUCGAUAGUGAUGGAAUAACGAAUAACAUUAAAAAUAUGUUCUCAAUUUGUAUAAAAUGUGUAGAG